ACUUUCGUCACAGACCAAGCUCCUUGCUCGUCCUGAGAAAAUCCCACCGCCUUACUCCAUUAUUGAAGAAGCGUCUCAUUCGUUUUUUAUAAAUGCACGCCGGGAUGAAAAGUAUAAAGGAGAAGGGUAACCGACAAACUUACAAAACUGUGCUGUGAAAUGGAUAAUAAAUUCAGCGCGGAAAGAUCGAUGGAAGAAAGAAAAAGCUUCUGCUCGGAGGCGCACACGAGCGAGCGGGGUCCAAGACGAAAAGAGACGGUCGAGAGGAGAGAACGAAGGUUGGUAGUUGCACGUCAUCCAAGAAAGAUGCAUCGUAGCGCUCACGGCGAUGUUGAGAAGAUCGAGAGAGUGAAGGCAAUGCCACAGUCUGCCACCCUGGCGACACGGCUGGGUGCAGAGCUGAAAGCGAGAAUUCUCCCGCAGCGUGGAGACGCGGCACUCGCUCCGCAUAAAUCAUUCUGCUUCUGCUUGCAACAGGGAGGCGAAAAUAGAUGGAGCUCCCCUACUCCUUCUCCUCUUCUGUCGCAUCCACCAACUCUCUCUUCUCCUUCUCUUUCCUUCUAACAUCUACUAUGUUUACCUUUGCAUACAGGGUGAGUCUAGUAACGUUCACGA